CACCACCCAAAAACAGCUGCCCCUCGACGCGGCGCGGGCGGUCGCCACCGGCCAUGGCGCGGCGUGACGGCCGCAGUGCCAACCAGCUGCGUCCACCGCAGGUGGAGCUGCGCCCCCUGCAGCGCGCCGACGGCUCGGCGCGGUUCCGCUUCGGAGACUGCACGGUCCUGGCCGCCGUCUAUGGCCCCAAGGAGCCGCGCACGCGGCACCGGGAGCUCUGCGACCGCUGCACGCUGGACGUGGUGGUGCGGCCGCGGGUGGGGAUUCCAGGGCCUCAAGAACGGCAGAUGGAAGCGUUGCUGGCACGACAGCUGGAAUAUGUGGUGCUGGCCACGGAAUACCCUCGCACACAGAUCUCAGUCAUCGUGCAAAUGAGCUGCUGCGACGGCUCCACCGCGGCCGUGGCGGGCAACGCGGCGCAUUUGGCGCUGCUGGACGCAGGCGUGGCGAUGAAGGCGACCGCGAUGUGUGUGGCACUGGGAGUGAAGUUGAGCCCAGAGCCGGUGAUUUGGUUGGACCCCACGGAGCUGGAGGAAGCUCAGUGUGACGCCUUGAUCUCGCUGUCCAUGGAUGGCAGCCGAAAUCAAUUGGUGAGUCACAUCUCCAGUGGUGCUCCCUUGGAUGCGACCAUUUGGUCCAGCUGUAUCGAGGCCGCCGACAAGUCCUGCAAGGCGUGUCUCGACACGGCGUUUUCCCGCGUGUCUCGAGACGCGGGAACGGCGCGUCGGCGGCACUGUGGGACAGUGGACAGGCGGGGCGCCGGCGCCGUACGAAAGGGAUCGAAACGUGGAUGGCAGUUUGCCACUGGCUGA